AUGGGCAUUUUGAGUGGGUGGUCAUGCCUUUUGGCCUCACCAACGCCCCGACCACCUCUCAAGCGACAAUGACCAACGAGUUCCGUGCAAUGUUGGACCGGUUCGUGCUGGUCUACUURGACGAUAUUCUCGUCUAUAGCCGGUCAUUGGAGGAUCAUCUUGAGCACCUUCGACGAGUGUUGGAGACGCUCCGCCGCGCCAAGUACAAGGCCGAUUGCGACAAGUGUGAAUUUGUCCAGCAAGAGUUGGAAUACUUGGGCCAUUUUGUCACACCGAAGGGCAUCAGUCCGCUAUCCGACAAGAUUCAAGUCAUCCAAGAGUGGCUGGAGCCACGGAACGUCACGGAUGUCCGUUCGUUCCGCGGCCUCGCCGGCUACUACCAGCAUUUUAUCAAAGGCUACUCGAAGAUCGCGGCCCACUUGACCAAGCUUCAAUUCGAGGAUCCGCAAUUUGACUCUAGAGAAGAUGCGCGGGAAACAUUUUUGGCUCUCAAAGCCGCGCUAUUAUCUGCGGAGGUCUUGUGCGUAUACGACCCGCUUUUGCCUACGUGCGUCACUACGGAUGCAUCUGGCUAUGGCAUUGGUGCCGUCCUCGAGCAACACGAUGGCGUGGACUGGCACCAGGUCGAGUGUUUCAGCAAGAAAGUGUUCGUCGUGCACUCCAUUGCCGAUGCACGCAAGGAGGAGCUCCUCGCCUUCGUCCACACGCUCAAGCGGUGGCGGGACUUUCUCCUUGGUCGAAGCCCAUUCCGAUGGGUAAYUGACAACUAUCCAUUGGUCUUUUACAAGACCCAAGACACCGUCAACAACAGCAUUGCUCGAUGGAUGACUUUCAUCGACCAGUUCGACCUUUUUCCCGAUCACAUUCCGGGGAAGUCGAACCGUUUUGCAAAUGCUCUUUCACGGCAACCGAUAGGACAGACUUCGGCCGCAACCGUAUCAACAAAUUCUGGAACAGGGAUGUGCAAAAACCUUCUCCAGGAAACAUCGCAGAGGGCAGGCGUGGCGCUUCCGGUUUAUCAUGCCAUGCGGAUGGGUCCGGAUCAUCAGCCUGUGUACAGUGCAAGUGUGGAGGUUGCUGGCAUGAGAUUUUAUGGUCAAUGUGCAAAGACAAAGAAACAGGCAGAGAAGAACGCUGCUGCGUCAGCAUGGGCCACUCUCCAGCAGACGGUGAGGGUGUCUCCAACGUGGACCGAGAACUUGGAACAGGAGGCUAUUGUCAAAGUCUUCAUCGAUGCAGCACAAGGAAAGAUGAUUGACCCUUGGGUUUCGCGAGGGGCACCGGGUGAAUCGUCAUCAAGGGAUGCUUCGGCGGACGGAUGAGGAUCGUGAUGACAUGCCAUGCAUGCAUAUCACUUAUCAUCAGCUUCGCUUUUCGGAAAUCGAGUGUGCAAUUCUGCAGUCAGUCCCUCUCAACCGUCAAUCCCAUAACUUUCGAGCAGGCAGUUGCAACAAGCGCGGCAUUCCCGAAAAAGGCGCAGAGUGAGAAAUAAUACACAACUUGAGCGUCAAAUAUCUCUUUUCCCUUUUCCAUUUUCCUUUUUUUGUUCAAUACUUCAAUUUUGACGCUCUUCGAUGCUGUAUAUCCCCAGAGAAGGGAGGGGAAAAAAAAAAAGAGGUUGUGAGUCCCCCAUGCUACAGUCUCCCACCUUCUAGACAGGAGGUUUCUACUCCCCAGAGCCUAACUCCUUUGGCUGGGAGUUAUGGGAUCAGGAAGCUGGAGUGUGAGCCUGCUGUGAAGGAGGCAGCGGCAACCAUAUGAUCUAUCACAAGUCCGGCGGGAUAUUCUGUGUAGUCCUCUCUCCUCUUACACUCCCUCUCUAUCUUAAAAUUUGAGUGAAGUCCUCUUUUUCUCAAUAUUCGAAGAAACAUGGGAACGAGAGGAAGUAGUUCAGUGAACAUAGUUGUCAUCCUUCCUUUUUUUUUCUUUUUUUUUUUUCUUUUUCUUUUUUGGUUAACUUCAGUUGUCAUCCUUCCAACUAUGCAUACACGCAAACUCUCCAACCUUUAGAGAUGAAGAAUACACUCCCUCUCCAUCUUAAAAUUUGAGUGAAGUCCUCUUUUUCUCAAUAUUCGAAGAUACACGGGAAUGAGAGAAGUAGUUCAGUGAACAUAGUUGUCAUCCUUCCUUUUUUUUCUUUUUUUUUUCUUUUUUUUUUUGUCAACUUCAGUUGUCAUCCUUCCAACUAUGCAUACACGCAAACUCUCCAGCCUUGCACCAAGGGAUCGCUAGGAGGUAAAGAGUCUAAACUUCUCUAAAUACAUCGAGUGCCCGUUUCACAUCGAGGCACCUUUACGGGCAUUAGAAUGGCCACUCUUGAGACAGUUGCAGACCCAUUCGGGACAUCGAGGCUCAGUAGGGACUUGGUCCCUUGGAUGAGCCGCUUACUUUGGGAGCAGUUGGGAAAGUAAAGGUGCAUGCGCAUG